UCGUGCGUCGUCACUGGCAUAAACACUAUCGUUAGACCUCUUCUUAAUUUUCUUGAUUUGUUUCGGGAAUUUUUUCCAGACAGACGAGAGUUUAUUAACAUCUCCAGUGGAUGUCUGACUGGUUUCUUUAGUUACACUAUGUGGCUUCUUCUCGCUGGGAUCGUGCUGCUGGUGUGUGCUGCAGAUGCCACACCAUUUGGUGGCAGAACAGUUCCUGAUUUUGGAAAGAUGUAUCAUGUUAAAGGUUUGCUUUCUUUGCCUUAUGCUGAGAUAAAGGAGCCAUUUGAAGCUUGGUACGACCUCAAGGGGAAAAGAAGUCGAAUCGACUAUUAUCAUGGUACAGUGUGCACUUUUUUUAUUGGAAAUGACUUGGACUAUGGUGCCAUUUACAAGAUCACACCAGUCACCACUGAGACUGAAUUCAAUACUUUGAAGUGUUUCCAGCUUAAUGGUACCAAGGAGGGUCCAAUACUUCCACAGACGGCACUGCCUGAUCUGCAGGGCUUUGAAUUUGAAAAGAUGGAGUAUUACGCAGGCAAUCUGUGUGAGGUCUGGGAAAACGUCACACAGGUUGGCCAUAAGAAGAACACGUAUCGUCUGUGGGUCACACGUCCAGAGGGAAAUGAUUCCCCAGCCACCCCACACCACUAUGAGAUGGUGGGCUUCAACACUCUUUUGGGGUCCCACUAUGAUAAAUACCUUAUCGACUACAGUGACUUAAGCCCUCGAAUUGAUUCAGACAUUUUCAAACUACCUGGAGGAAUGACCUGUGGUGACUUUCCUGGUCCUGGACUGGAGCGUCAUUUAUUGGCCAACCCCAUCCAAGACCUUGUCCACACCUCCCCAGUUGGUCAUGCCCACCGUAUGUUUGGCCACUUUAAGGAGAAAUAUGAGCAUCAGUAUGAAAAUGAAAAGGAGCAUGAGGAGCGUGAGCAUAACUUUGUACAUAAUAUUCGGUAUGUGCACUCUAUGAAUAGAGCUGGUCUUUCAUUCGCCCUCUCUGUCAAUCACCUGGCUGAUCGGUCACAGGAAGAGCUGACCAUGAUGAGAGGAUGUAAAAGGACUCAUGUUCACAGAAACGCUCAGCCUUUUCCCUCUGAAAUCCGCUCUAUAGCCGCCCCUGAUUCAAUAGACUGGAGGCUGUAUGGUGCUGUGACACCAGUGAAAGACCAGGCUGUGUGUGGAUCCUGCUGGAGCUUUGCCACCACUGGAACACUAGAGGGAGCACUUUUCCUGAAGACGGGACAGCUGACGUCAUUGUCCCAGCAGAUGCUGGUAGACUGCACAUGGGGAUUUGGGAACAAUGGUUGUGAUGGAGGAGAGGAAUGGAGAGCUUUUGAGUGGAUCAUGAAACAUGGUGGCAUUUCUACCACCGAGAGCUAUGGAGGAUAUAUGGGCAUGAAUGGUUUGUGUCAUUACAAUAAGUCCUCCAUGGUGGCAAAAUUGAGCAGUUACACUAAUGUGACCAGUGGUGAUAUUGUGGCACUGAAGGCUGCUAUCUUUAAAUUCGGCCCUGUAGCAGUCAGCAUUGACGCUGCUCAUCGUUCCUUCGCCUUCUACAGCAAUGGAGUCUACUACGAACCAGCAUGCAAAAACGUGACUGAUGACUUGGAUCAUGCUGUGCUAGCAGUUGGUUAUGGGAUGAUGGAUAAUGAGCCCUAUUGGCUAGUGAAGAACUCCUGGUCCACUUACUGGGGCAAUGAUGGUUAUAUUCUGAUGUCCAUGAAAGACAACAACUGUGGUGUGGCCACUGAUGCUACUUGCGUGACAUUAGCCUAAUAUACUUACAUUUUUCAAAUAAAUCACACAAGGCAAUAGAAGAAUUGUUUUCAACAAUUUUAUUGCAGAUGCUGGACAACUGAUCACAGUUUUAUUGUGCAUCAGUUGGAAUGUCAAUAAAUGGAAAGUCUUAAUAACAAAAUGCUUGUUCAUUGUAAAAUCACGUCAAGACUUGCAUUCCAUCAUGCAGCAAAAGUAACACACACACUCAUACUUGUUCACAGGCAAUGGUCAGU